AUGGCAUCAGAAGUUGCUGAUAUUCCACAAGCUGUAAAUGAAAAACUAUGCACUAUUGAAUAUGUUAGAAAGCAGUAUAAAAGUAAUGGAAAGACGAUUAAACCACCAUGGACAAGUGAUAAAUGGAUUCUUGUUUUGGAUUUUGAUCAGCCUCUAAUGGAUAUUGAUUUUGUUUUUACUGUACUGUUUUCCAUAAACGUAAAGACUUUCUCAGAUCACAGCACGAAGCUACCAGCUCCCUGUUGGAAAGUGGUAGAAGGAGAAGAUAGAAAGCUGGUAAACGAUACUACCAACAUAGUACUCGAUAACCUAUCGAAAGAGGAGACUAUGGAUGCUGAUGUUAUCCCUAAUGAACCUCAAGAAAUCUUAAACAGUACUUUUGAGGAAGAAAAUGUGAAGAACAAUAAAGAAGCCUGUGCCGUAGAAGGAGAGGGUGAGAAUUUUUUGAAUUUAUCCUCAACGGCCAAGGUUUCUGACGAAGAAAAUAACAGUUCACCUGAUGCAUAUGAAGUAAUCGAAAAGCCAGAUCAAGCAAAUAAAGAUGCGUGCAAGAUUCAAUCCCUCAAAGAUGAAAAAUUAGGUAAUCGACAGGAAGAAAUUAUAGCAACUAAAGAGACUUCCUUAGAAGAAAUCCCACAGUAUGCUGAAGAAUUAUCAAUUAACUUGGACAAAGUUGUGGAUAGAAGUGUCGUACCAGUAGAGGAUACAGCAGAUGCCACCUCGGGUCUGAAAGUAGAAGAUUCAAUUCAUGCACCUGAUUCAGAAGACGUGAGAAUAGGCACUAGUAUUGGAGAAACCGGUGCAGAAAAGUUUGUAUCAGGCAGGAAUGGAAAAAUGGAAGAGAAUUUUGAUGUUACGCUGGAGAAAGGAAGUCAAGAAACAAUUACAUUUAGGGAAGACACAAUGGAUGCAACCAAAAAUGAAUGUGAAUUUCAAGACCCGAACAACUCUGAAUCUUCUUUCCUUAAAGAUGCAGAAGACGGUGUUAUCUUUGAAAGCAACAAGACUAUGACAGCACCAGAAGUCUCUAAAGUUGGAAAUCAUAGCAUUCAGACCUCUGAGAAGGUUGAAGCAAACUCACUGAAACAAGUUGAUGAAUCACAGAUAAAACAUGAGGAAUGUACACAAAAUGAAAGCAGGAAACUGUCUUCGACAGCAGCUCCAACGCAAGACAUUGAUCAUGAAGAAAUUGAGGCUGGUGACUUAGGGAAGGCUGAAAUAUCUGAAGAUGAGAGAUCUUCAGAAAAUUAUUUGCCGAAUGAGAAACCUGUAGAAUCCUUACAUGUAGCUCCAGAGGAGAUUAAAACAUAUGCUUCAUGCCCUUCAUUGGAACAGAGACUAUGCACAAAUCCUCGAGGAAUCCUCAGUGAGGAAACAAAGGAUAAAACAAUUGAUGCAGCUGACAAGAAGGAUGUUGCAACAAUUGAUGCAAAUGAGGAGCCUGGUGGUUCCAUUCCGUACAGUAGUACCAAUGAUUCGAAGGUUACUCAUCAACUGAAAAAAGGAAAAGAAAAUGAUGGUCCCUCAAUAGAUGCCCACCAUAAUCCUGUCAACAACAGAAAUAUAUGCAGUAAAGGAGGCGACCAGAUUAACAGUCUAGACGAUCUAGAUGAUUCUAAGGCAUCAUAUGAAGUGACAGAAGACCGGAGCAAAGAAACAAAAAUUCAGGUGGAUGAUGAUCAAAAGAUGAACAGUAAGUCUGAUAUUGAAACACAGAUGAUGGAUGAGGAGCAUGAUACCACCAUUCCAUCAGAAGCUACAACUGAUGAGCCGAUUAAGAUUUGCCAAGAGACAAUAGAACUUGAUGUUACUCAUUCAAGUGAGAAUAUUGAAUGGAAUAAGGAUUUGAAAAUUACUCAUCCGCUGGAAGACGGAAAAGACAAUGAUGGUCCCUCAAUGGAUGCUCCUGUCAACAACAGUAGUAAUAUAUGCAGUAAAGGAGGAGGAGUCGAUCAGAUUAAGAGUCUAGAAGAUCCUGAUGAUUCUGAGGCGUCACGUGAAGUAAAAGAAGACCAAAUCAAAGAAAAAGAAACUCAGGUGAAUGAUGAUCAAAAGAUGCCCAGUAAGCCUAAUGAUACUGAAACACAGAUGAUGAAAAGGGAGCAUGAUACCACCACUCUACCAGAAGCUACAACUGAUGAAACAAUUAAGAUUGACCAAGAGAUGAAUGAGGAUCAAAAGAUGACCAGUAAGCAUGAUGAAAUUGAAACAAAGUUGAUGGACAGGGAGCAAGAUACCACCAUUCUAUCAGAAGCUACAAUUAAUGAACCGAUUAAUAUUUGCCAAGAGGUAGAAAUAGAGCUACUGAUGCUGGAAAGUGAAAUUUAUUUAGCUUCUCUCAAGGAGAUAAUAUGGUUAUAUAUGCAUACAAUAGAACUUGGGUUUACUCAUUCCAGUGAGAACAUCGAAUGGAAGAAGGAUUUGAACAUUACUCAUCCACUGGAAGAAGGUAAUGAUGGUCCCUCAAUAGAUGCUUCUGUCAACAAAAGUAGUAAUAUGUACAAUAAAAAAGAAGGCGGCGAUCAGAUUGACAGUCUAGAAGAUUCAGAUGAUUCUAAGGGAUCGUGUGAAGUAACAAAAGGCCAGAGCAAAGAAAUAGAAACUCAGGUAAAUUACACUGUUGGUCAGAUAAUAACUAUAAUUGGUUUUAUGAUAGUCUCUAAUACAAGAUUAUCCGACUCUUUGGUGAAUGAUGAUCAAAAUAUGACCAUGGAAAGGGAGCACAAUACCACCACUCAGUCAAAAGCUACAGCUGAUGAAACGAUUAAGAUUGGCCAAGAGAUGAAUGAUGAACAAAAGAUGACCAAUAAGCCUGAUGCUAUUGAAACACAGAUGAUGGACAGGGAGCACGAUACCACCAUUCAAUCAAAAGCUACAGCUGAUGAACCGAUUACGAUUUGCCCAAAGACAACAGAACUUGAGGAUACUUUUUCCAGUGAGAGAAUGGAAAAGAUUAUCCAAUUUGAUGAUAACAGGAAUCAACAUGCUUAUGUAGCAUCCAUUUUAGAAGAAGAAGUUGCAGAAAGCUUUGAAGGAGAGAAGAAUAGAAAUGAUAUCCCCAGUCAAGAGGUUAUCCAUUAG